AAAGUUUCUUAGAGAGAAACGCAGGACGUCCCGUAAAGGAGAGAGAGAGAGAGGGAGAGAGGGGAAAAAUCCUGCAGAGGAGCAGAAGCGACAGCAGCUUAGAAGGAGCGCAGCUCGGAGUCAGCUCGUCCACCACACCUCAGCCGGGCCUUCACCGUCAGCCUGACCGUCACAACCAUGGGCUUUCCGACGGGAUUCAGCAGUCGUCGGAUCGUUCUCAAAGUGUUUUUGGUUCACUUCAUCUGCUUCCAAGCAACGCAGGCUCGUCCUUCUCCGAUCAUCCGAUUCCCCGGAGAUGACACCCCAAAAACAGACAAAGAAGUCGCUCUGCACUAUCUGAAUAAGUUUUAUGGAUGUCCACAAGACAGAUGCAACCUCAUGGUGCUCAAAGACACCUUGAAGAAAAUGCAGAAGUUCUUCUCUCUGCAAGAGACUGGAGAGAUAGAUGCCAAAACCGUGGAGAUCAUGAAAAAGCCCCGCUGUGGCGUCCCAGAUGUGGCCAAUUACAACUUCUUCCACAGGAAACCCAUGUGGAAGAACAAGGACAUCACCUACAGAAUUCUGGGUCACACCCCCGACCUGGAUGAGGAGGUCAUAAAUGACGCUUUCUUCAGAGCCUUUAAAGUGUGGAGUGAUGUCACGCCACUCACUUUCACCCGGCUCAUGGACGGAGAGGCCGACAUCAUGAUUAAUUUUGGUCGCAACGAGCAUGGAGACGGUUACCCCUUCGAUGGCAAGGAUGGUCUCUUGGCUCAUGCUUUUGCCCCAGGGCCAGGAAUCGGGGGAGACUCCCACUUUGACGACGACGAACACUGGACCCUUGGAGAUGGUGCAGUGGUGAAGGUGAAGUUUGGCAACGCUGAUGGGGAGUUCUGUAAAUUCCCCUUCCUGUUCAUGGGCACCGAGUACAACAGCUGCACGUCUCAGGGCCGUGACGACGGCUUCCUGUGGUGCUCCACCACUUACAACUUUGAUGAGGAUGCCAAAUAUGGAUUCUGCCCCCACGAAUUGCUCUUCACCCUGGGAGGAAACGCAGAGGGCGCUCCCUGUAAAUUCCCCUUCAACUUCCAGGGCGAGAAGUACGAUAGCUGCACCACCGAGGGCAGGGACGACGGUUACCGCUGGUGUGCCACCACUGAAGACUACGAUCAGGACACGUCCUACGGCUUCUGCCCCCAGACUGCAAUGUCGACAGUGGGAGGAAACGCAGAAGGAAGCCCCUGCGCCUUCCCGUUCACCUUUCUGGGAGACACCUACGACUCCUGCACCACCUCUGGACGUAGCGACGGCAAAAUGUGGUGCGCUACUUCCAAGAGCUACGACGAUGACCGCAAGUGGGGUUUCUGUCCUGACCAAGGCUACAGUUUGUUCCUGGUGGCGGCCCAUGAGUUUGGUCAUGCUCUCGGUCUGGAGCACUCCCAGGAUCCCGGGGCGUUAAUGGCUCCCGUCUAUACAUACACUAAAGACUUCCGGCUCCCUCAAGACGACAUCAACGGCAUCCAGGAGCUCUAUGGUGUAGGAGGGGGUUCCAGAGACCAGCCUUUGCCCCCAACCCAGGGUCCCGUCACCCCAAUGGACCUCUGCAAAGAGCCGGUGAUCUUUGAUGCCGUGGCACAAAUCCGAGGGGAGACCUUUUUCUUUAAAGACAGGUUUUUGUUCAGGUCAGUCAACUUCAGAAGCAAACCCACUGGCCCGAUGUUAGUGGCCACCUACUGGCCCGACCUGCCUGCCAGGAUAGAUGCUGCCUACGAAAACCCGGUGGAGGAGAAAACAGUCUUCUUCGCAGGCAAUGAGAUGUGGAUUUACAAAGCCGAUCAGCUCGAGAGAGGCUAUCCAAAGAGGCUCACCAGCCUCGACCUCCCCUCUGACCUGCAGCAAAUCGAUGCUGCCUUCAGCUUCAGGAAGAACAGGAAGACCUACCUCUUUUCCGGGGACAAGUUCUGGAGAUAUGAUGAAGACGCAAAGCGAAUGGACUCUGGCUUCCCCAAACUUAUUGCUGAUUCCUGGAACGGCAUCCCAGAUGACAUCGGCGCUGCCUUCAGCCUUAAUGGCAUUGAUUACAGUUACUUCUUCAAAGGAAACCACUAUUUCAAACUAGAAGACAACAGCCUGAAGAUUGUGAAGUUGGGUGAGAUCACGAAGGACUGGCUUGGUUGUUGAGCAGACACAAAACGCCUGGCAACGAGUGGCGGUGGCUUCGCCUCACGAAGACAUCGCCAUCGCGCACGACGACGUGAGGUUGCCGCAGUGCACACUGUUGUAAGUUUUCCUCCUUGCAACUCAGAAAAGCUUCUGAGGGACACGUGUCCCCCGUUAUAACCAGUCUCCAGCUCUGUAGAAAGACGCCCCAAGACCUUCUACGCAGGUGGAACACGUGCAACUGGAUGUUCGCCAUAUUAUUGUAUGAUUUUUUGUCAUUUUAAUUGUAACGACGUUGCAGAUUUAUAGGGAUGUGUACCCCCUUGUUUUGGCGUUCUAUAUAUUUGUAUUCAUUUUUAAGAUCAGACAUCAGGUAUGUCCAUGCUGCAUUGAACGCAGUGCGAUGAUGUGCUGUGAGAUUCUGCCCAUUUAUGCUAAUUUGAUUCUGAAAGACUGUUUUACACCCAAUGAGGAAUCCAUGUUGGCUGUGGAUUUCUUUCAUGUGCAGUGUACUAAGUGCAGGUUGUUUUGUUUUUUAGGGGGGAUUGUUGUUUUGUUUUGUUUUUUUUGAAUGUGUCAAUUUUAAUUAAUUUUUCUCACUGUUGUGCAAUACAUUUGAAAUAAAUGAAUUUGCACAAUAUGACCGAAAAUGGUGCUUUUAGAGAUCGCUUUUCCAUAUAGUCCUACAUAUAUACUGUAUAUUUUAUACUGUGUAACUAUGUCUGAUGGGACGACUUAUUAUCCUCUGGAUGUCAGAAAGUAGCAUUCACAGGCACACAUUAUUCUUCGUUUGGUUAGCACUUUGUGUAAGACUAUACAGGGGAACAGCAGAGUAAAGAGACCAGAUUUUGCCAAUGGUCCCGCAACCCUGAGCGGGAUGAGGGCAGGUACAGAAAGUCUAUGGAUGCGUGGAUAUUGCCAUGGCAACCCAUCGCCCUUCACGAAUGGUACGGUUGCCUCUCGAGGCUGCAUGAUGAAGUCAUGACAAGAAAACUGCAGUAGUAUUGUUUACUUAUGGUUUUUGAUAUAAAGUUUUCUUUUUUGGGUUUAAAAAAAUAUAUAGUCAAUAUGUCUUGUGUUUGUUUUCUUACUUGUGCACUUUGUUACUGUCAUCAAUAAAAAAAUCAUCAACAUAA